AUCCUUUUUCAUAAUGGAAAAGUUGGAUUGAAUGAUACAUGGGAAAGGUUAUUCCUAUUUUUCCACUACCAUCACCUUUUUGCUAUCCACCACGUCGAUCUACGAAGUAUCUAUGCGUAAGAGAUACUCAUUCAAAUUUGAAUUUUUCUUUCUUUCAUUGUUUCUCAGAGAACUAAAUUUUGAAGUUGAAACGAAUUGAAGAAGCAAGCAUUAAGGACCAACAACCAGAGGCCCCUAAAGAAGAUGGCAUCAAAGCAAAUGGAAGCGAUUCAGAAGAAAUUAGGAAUUCUAAAUUAUCCAAGGUCAAAUGCAUCUGCUCAGUCCCUUUUAUUUGCUGGCAUGGAGCGCUAUGCCCUUCUCGAGUGGCUAUUCUUUCGGUUAUUAGGUGAUAAGUCACCUUUUUCUCAACAAAACUUACAAGGGGAUGCCCUUGACCGUGACGAGGAGACAGCUCGAAUUCAAUAUUUGGCAGAAAUGGCUAAGUUUCUGGGCAUUACAACGACCGUAGAUACCGAUGCAAUUCAAGGACAUGGAAGCUAUGAGGACCGCACUGAAAUGCUUCGUCUAAUUGUAGAUCUAGUGGAGGCAACCAUAUAUGCUGAUAAUCCAGAAUGGAGUGUUGAUGAGCAGGUAGCCAAGGACAUUCACUUGAUAGAUUCCAUUGCAGAAAAACAGGCACAAAUAUUUUCUGAAGAAUGUAAAUUGUUUCCCGCAGAUGUUCAGAUUCAGUCCAUAUAUCCCUUGCCAGAGGUUGCUGAGUUGGAGUCAAAGCUUACUGAACAAUCAAAAAUAUUAUUGAAUCUUCAACAAAAAGUUGAUGACUUGGCAUCGAAGCAUGCUUAUAAUCCAGAUGAGGAGUACACUGAGGUGGAAUCUCAACUGCGGGCACAUUUGGAAUCUUUCCUAGAAACAGCUAGAACAUUCAACAUGAUUUACACCAAGGAAAUACGUCCAUGGACACAUAUGAUGGAGGUUCCACAACUACAUGGGUUUGGACCAGCUGCCAAUCGGUUAUUGGAGGCAUACAAAAUGCUUCUAAAGUUUUUAGGAAACCUACAGAAUCUAAGAGACUCGCACGCUGCGCUUGCUUUUGGAUCCUCUGAAACAUCAGGAGGGCCUUCCUCUGUCUCAAGAAUAAUCUCUGAAUGUGAAUCUGAAAUGACUGUCAUAAAUCGAGAUCUUGGUAUUCUUUCUGCUUCCAUUGCUCGUGAACAUGGAGAGAAAAUGAGCAUUUGAUGAAACAAUGAGAAUAAGAUUAACCCUGAAGUCUUAUUCAUUUGUAUUUUUUUUUUUAUGAAAAUAUUGUUAUCUUGUGCAUAAUAUGCAUAUUGUUGACAUGAGAUGUGAAUGUGACAGAGUCUGAAUAGCUGCAUUAUCCGUAGGAACUUAGGCUUAGUGAUGUUUGUACAUUAUUAAUUACUUGUUGUGCAAUUUAAAAAAUCACAGUUUAAUCUGGUGUUUAGAAUA